AUGCCUUCCGUGGUUCAAUUUCCAUCAUCAACCUCCAGUUUACAAUCGUCGAUUAUCAGGAAACUCAAGAUUUCUACCAGGUUCGAACUUCAAACACCGCUGGUUCGUAUGUUGCGAAGAUAUAUCUUCAACAUUAUCUCUGACCAAAACCCUCUAGCCAUGCAAUUCAAGACGCUUUUCCCAUCCAUUCUUCUGAUCGGCUACGGAUCCUUGGCAACCGCUGACUCAUUCUACGCCUACACCUGUGAUGGCUGCGGUUGCAACGCCUUUGAGGGCCUGGGAGCCAGUAUCGAGGGGACAUGCACCAAUCUCAAGAGCGGCGCCGCUUCUUUCGGUAUUAGCACUGGCAAGGAUAGCGGCACCUAUUGCACGCUGUUUACUGGCAGUGACUGCAGUGGUUCAUCGCAGAAUGUUGGUCACAACAAGGGCCAGACCUGGGGUUGCACCAAUUCAAAGAAUGGAUGGGUGAACUCAGUGCUUUGCUUCAACUAA